AUGAAAUUGUUGGAACUGCCAGACGAAAUUAUUUUUCAUAUUUUGGGAUAUUGUUGUGUAGCAGCAGAAAAUCAUCAUGAACCUCUACUCCGAAAUCCAUAUGUUAGACAAAUGGCCAAAAUACAAUCUAUCAACAAGGAUUUUUCAAGAAGAAUUAAAAGUUAUUCUGAUACGUUUUGGAAGAGUCUUUUAGUGGAUGAAUUUGGAGCGAAUAAGCAAUUUAUUAAAUUAAUAGAUGAUCAAAUAACAGGUACUUUGCAAAAUAAGAAGAUUUCACUGAAGAGAAGAGCACUCUUGUUGAGAAAAUUAUUUAGUAGGAAUUUCAAAAUUAAUACCAAUAAGCAACCUGGUUAUUCCGAAUGUAAAUUUUGUGUUUCUGGACCUGCUAAUACUGGUAAAACUUGUUUAACCACAAAAUACAUAACAGGUGAAUUUCCACAAGUUACAGAUCCAACAAUAGAAGACAGCUACAGAAAGAUGAUACGAGUAGAUGAAUAUUCACACCUUUUGGAUAUUUUGGACACGGCUGGGCAAGAGGAAUAUAAAGCAAUGAGAGAUGGAUAUAUUGCAACAUCACAAGCUUUUGUAAUUACUGCAAGUUUAGAUCUUAUUCCAACAGAAUGUACACAAUAUUACGAGGAAUUAUUGGCUCAAAUUAUAAGCAUUAAGGAUUGGAAAGGAGUUGGAUGUUAUCAUCCAAUGGUUUUUGUAGUGAACAAGUCUGAUUUAGAACAAGAGGAAAGAAAGUCAACAUUUGAGGAAUGGAAAACAUUUUUGAAUUCAGUUAUAGAGAGAUAUGGAAUAAUGAAUUCUGAGAUUAUUGAAACCAGUGCCAAAUCCAAUAUUAAUGUUUCAAAAAUAUUUGAAUUAGGUAUUAGAAUGUUUCUACAUUUUCAUUUUAGUCACGUUUUUUGGUUUCAACAAGUAAUUGAAUUGGAUACAAAAGCUUUUAGUCACACAGAAAACAAAUCCGAAAAGAAAUGUUUACUACAAUAA